GCAGUAUAGGUUACGUACGGAAUUUCUUCUUUGAACUCUAGUGAAUCAUUUACUUCAGGAGAGGGUGCUCGAUAUCCAACGCAUUUAAAUUGUAAUGCAGGAAUUCCACCCUUAUCAAGAAUUGCAUACAAUCUUAAUUGUUCCUCUACUGGUGGUUCCCAAGUAUCCUCCUCAUCUUCAGCAUUUACAGAAAAUUCUGACUGGUACUCCAUUUUUAUUUAGUAUAUGAAAUGUAGUAAAUACUGUCUAGAUGCUACAGAAUAUAUAAUAUCUAAAUUUAGCUUCAGUUAAGGCUUGUGUUAUGAAUUACAUACCAUAAUAUUAUCAAUGUGAUUACCUUCAGUCAUAACCUUCAAAAGUCGGUAUCAUUUCGUAAUUGUAUGUAGUUGCCUCAUCUAUCACUUUUGUAACAAGACAUUCAUCCCCCAUUAUAAGUUCAAAGUAUGGUGGAGGAGGAAGCCACCACCCAAGAUGAAACGAAAAAGAAGGCUGGAAAUGAGCGAUUAGAAAGAUUGCGAUAUCUUAAUCAUGGAGAAAUUGUGUUUGCUGGUGCAGCAGCUGGUUUUAUUGGUAGAGUUAUAAUUCAGCCACUGGAUGUUAUUAAAACAAGGUUUCAACUGCAAGUGGAACCAAUUCGAAAGGGUCAAACUGGUGCUAAAUACACUUCUAUGCUUCAAGCAACCUCCACUAUUUUUCGUGAAGAAGGAGUGACUGCUUUCUGGAAAGGACACACUGCUGCACAAUUACUGAGUGUAACAUUUGGUGUUGUUCAGUUUUGGACAUUUCAACAAUUGGUUAAACUUAGUAAAACCCAUAACUUAUAUGAUAAUCACAAGGGUUCCAUUAAUUUUAUUAGUGGAGCUAUAGCAGGUGCCUUUUCUUCUAUUGCGACUUUUCCUUUUGAUAUCAUGCGAACACGUCAAAUUGCGCAAAGUAAGAAAGUCUAUGGUAACAUGCUGCAAGGCUAUCGUCAUAUGAUAAAAAACGAAGGAAUUUUAUCUUUAUACAAAGGCCUCAGCCCGACUUUGCUAUCGAUAAUGCCAAAUGCAGGCCUUCAAUUUAUGAUUUACAAAUUUAUCGAUAGGCAAUACAAGCGUCUUCUAGGCGUUCACGAUGAAAACGCUUACUCGAUAACCGGCAGCAUUAUCGCUGGAAGCAUGGCUGGCUUAGGUAGCAAACUCGCUGUAUAUCCAUUGGAUCUGACACGGAAACGUAUGCAGAUUCAAGGCUUCCAAAAGUAUCGAACUACAUUUGGCGAGCAAUUCACAUGUCAUAAUAUGAUUAAUUGCACCAUCAAAACGUUUCAAAAGGAAGGACUCGCUGGCCUUUUCAAAGGAUGCGUACCAAGUAUGUGGAAAGCAGUCCUGACAAGUGGCAUCAACUUUGCUGUGUUUGAAGCAGUGUGCGAUACGAUUGCCAAGUGGAAGGAGAUACAACGCUUAGAAAAUCAAGUCACUGUCUUGAAGCAUCUAUCGCCGACAUUCAGAAAUGUUACCAAAUACGGUGUUUCGCCUGAUAUCCAUUCAAAAGUAGCCGAAAAUCCGGACCCACAUGAAUCAGAGAUACAAGAACCACCAGAUGAUUAUUGAUGUUAGUAAUUACGUUAGAUAGGAAUUAAUACAAAUAUACUGUGAUUGUUAUGUGA